AUGAGUUCCAUUGUAUUCAGAACUCCUUUGACUUCUGAAGAGCAAUCGGUAUAUGGAAACAAAUUUGUUCAAUUAGAUAAAGAAGAUCUAGGGGUUGUUACCGGUGAAGCUUUAAGACCAGUCUUUGCGGCUUCUGGCUUAUCAGCUCAAAUCUUAUCUCAAAUAUGGUCCAUGGUAGAUAUUAAUAACAAAGGUUUCUUAAACAAACAAGAAUUUAGUGCUGCCAUGAGAAUUAUCGGGAACUUACAACAAAAUCCAAGUUUACCAAUAAAUUCUCAAUUAUAUGAACAACCUCCCAAAGUUCUACCAAACCUAGAUCAAACUCAAACACAAAACUUAGCUUCUACUUCUACUCCUACUAGUAAUAUACCAAUACCAUCUCAUAAUGAUAUUGCAAAAUUUUCUCAAUUAUUUGAUAGAACUGCAAACGGAUCUCAACGUUUGCCAGGUGAUGCAGCUAAGGAAAUCUUUUUAAAGGCAAGAUUACCUGUUCAAACAUUAGGUGAAAUUUGGGCUUUAUGUGAUAGAAAUACAGCAGGUUCCCUUGACAAGACUGAAUUUAUAAUGGCUAUGUAUUUGAUCCAAUUAUCAAUGACAAAUCAUCCUUCUUUAACUCCAUUCCCAGCUUCGUUAUCUCCACAAUUAUGGCAAGCAAUCAAUGUAACUGCAUCAGCUACUGUCGCAUCUCCUUCCACCCAAGUUCCAUUAAGUAACCAUUCCACAGGUAAUUCUACCCAACCUUUACAAAGACAAUCAACUAUCUCAAGACUUUCAUCAGGUGCUUUUUCUAAUGCUAGUUCUGACUGGUCAUUGUCUCAAGAACAGAAAAAACAAUUCGAUAUGAUCUUUGAUGCAUUAGAUAAAAAUCAUCAAGGUUCCUUAGGUUCUCAAGUAUUAGUACCAUUCUUUUUAUCGUCAAGAUUAAACCAAGAUACAUUGGCAAAUGUAUGGGAUUUAGCUGAUAUCCAUAAUAAUGCAGAAUUUACUAAAUUAGAAUUCGCCAUUGCCAUGUUCUUAAUUCAAAAGAAAAAUUCUGGUAUAGAUUUACCUGAUGUAAUUCCAAAUGAAUUAUUAAAUUCUCCUGCUUUAGGUUUAUUUAACAAUAAUAACAAUAAUAAUAAUGCUACUGUACAAUCUCAACUCCCAUCACCACCACCACAACAACAACAACAAAUGCAAGUACCUUCAAGAUCAACUAAACCAUCUUUCCAAGAUACUAAUACUCAAAAUCCUGUUCAACCUCAAAUCCCUCAAAAUUCUAAUAAUGGCUCUUUGAAUGAUUUACUUGGUUUAAACAAUUCAUUUUCAUCCCCACCUCCGCAACAACAACAACAACAACAUGUGCUACGUAAUGAUACGAACAAUAGUUUUACUAAUAGUUCCUCACCAAUUAAAUCAACUCCACCUGCUGUCCCUACUCAUUCUUCCAUGAAUAUGAAGAAAUUCAACCCAACUUCAAAUUUUGGUCAAAAUAUCAUUAAGGAAGAUGAAGAAUACAAUGCACCACCACCACUUCAACAACACAAUCAAAUGCAAAACUUACAACAAAAAUCUAUAUCUCCUGUUCAAAGAUCAGCAUCUGUUUCAUUACCACAAGUACCAGAUUUCUCAUCAUUAGGUAUGCCAAGUGUUCAAUCUCCUUUGAAUAAUAUGAAUAAAUCUGCUACGGCUGGGUCUGGGUUUGGGUUUUCAAACAAUAAUGAUUUAUUUGCUGAUGGUGAAGCAUCUGCUCAAUUAUCAACUGCAACAACUGAUCUAGCUAAUUUAUCAAAUCAAGUUAAUUCAUUAUCCAAGCAAGCAUCAAUUACAAACGACAAGAAAUCAAGAGCUGUGCAAGAAUUGAAACGUGUUAAUGACAUGAAAGCAUCCAUUGAAUCUAAAUUGUCUACCUUACGUAAGACUCAUGAUUCAAACGUCAAAGAAACGGAAUCAUUAGAAUCUCAAUUAGUGCAAUCAAAUAAACAAACUGAAUCCUUGAAACAACAACUAGCCGUUACUGAGGCAAAUUAUCAUGCAAUUGAGUCAAAAUUAAAUGAAUUAACUGAACAAUUGUCUACUUCACAAGAAACUAAUAACACUUUAAAAGAACAAAUUACUAAUUUGAACUCAAUGAUGGCCACUUUACAAUCUCAAUUGAAUGAGAAACAAACUCAUGUGAAACAAGAAAGAUCAAUGGUCGAUGUUAAUUCCAAGCAAUUAGAAUUGAAUCAAAUUACUGUGGGUAAUUUACAAAAGGAAAUUAACGGUUUGGAUGAAAAAUUGAAAAUUUACCUAACGAAGCAAAACGAAUUGAAUGAAUACCAAAAGACCAUUGAAGAUCAACAUGCUCAAUUACAAUCUAAAUAUACCAGUUUAGAUGAGAAAAAUAACGAUUUGAAUGAACGUGAAUUACAAUUGAAUGAUCGUAAUAAUCAAAUCGAGGAGCAAGAAAAAAUUUAUAAUGAUCAUGUUCAACAAUUAAAUAAAAUGUUCGACGAAUUAAGUGAAAGAAAGAAGAAAUUCGAUCUAGCUAAUGAAGAUUUGGAAAGACAACAUCUUGAAUACGCCAACUCAGUACAAGAACUAGCUGAAAGACAAAUGACAUUAGCAAUGGGAGAAUUACCGGAAGACGCUAAGGAAAUCAUCCAAACUAAGAAUGAAAAAACAGUUUCGAAGUUUGUAGAUGACACUAUAAUAGACAAUAAUGAUACUAAUAACGAUGAAGAAGAACUAGAUGAAAAUGACGAAGAGAUCAAGACUGAAAAAACCAUAAGUGACGUUUUCGAUAGAGAUAUUCCUAACGUUGGUUCAACAAGUGAAGGUGGUGAUGCCAUUAAUUCUGUAGCAGGUGAACCCGUCCCUUCAACUGGACAAACAAAUCAACAUACUGAUGAAGAAGCGGCACAAACUUUGGCUGAUAGAUUUGAAGGUGAUUUGAACGAAUAUGGUAUUCCAAGAACACAAUCAUUGACCUCAUCAGUCGCCAAUAAUGCCCCACAAUCUGUUAGAGGUGAAACUGAAGUACCAACUACAUUAGAAGAUAAAUUAAAUGGUGUAACUCUCGACACUCCAUCUUUACCAGUUGCCAAUGUUCCUACAACUGCUACCAGCGAAAAAACUGAAAUCCAAGAUUUGACUCAAAAAGAAGAAUCUGAUUUAGCAACUCCAACGGCAGCAACCACUGCAGAAGAAAAAACUUUGGAGGAACCUUAUGUUCCAGGUGGUUGGGAAGAUGCCAAUGAACAAGUACAGAAGCCUGCUGCUAUUGGCAAUGAUAUACCUGUUGUAACAGAACCAACAAACAUUGAGAGUGAUAAUGAAAGUGAUAAUUCGAUUGAAAAAUCUCCAGAUUUAACAGAGGCGCAAGCGUUUCCAUCAGAACAGCAAAAGCAUCCAGUCAACGAAGAAUUUCCUCCAAUGCAAGAAUUACCAGUAGAAGAAAGUGAUUCAUCAUCUUCAAGUGACGAUGAAUUUGAAGAUACAAGAGAAAUCGCAUCACCAACUGUCCCUACACUAACUGCCCCUAUCCAAAGAACUUUAGAGCAAGAUUCACAAUAUGAAGAAAAGCAUGUUCAACCAAAAAAGGAUGCAUUUGAUGAUGAAUUUGCUAAUUUGGAGGAAGCUGCUGUGGAAGAAGAAGAAGAUGAGCCAACCAAAGAAGAUGUUGAACACAACAAUGCCCAGUCAUUGACUGAAGGUAAGGAUGAUCUUGACGGUGAAGGGUUUGAAACAAUUGAACACCAAGAUUUAGAUACCGAAUUACAACAAAAUGCAUUUACGGGUUCUUUGACUACAGAAGCUUCCCCAAUUAUCACCUCCCAACCUCAAGCGGAAAGCCAAGGCUUCCCAGUGGGGUAUCCAAACCAACUUACGCAAGCCUCACAGAAUGCAACACAAAAUGUUAGUAAUGAUGAAUGGGAUGAAAUCUUUGCUGGUUUCGGGAAUUCUAACAACGGAGCUGCCAAUGCUAAUCAAACAAAGAAUAUUGCCGUAACUCAACCAUUAUCACAACCACCAAUUGUAAAUAACUCAUCUAAUCCAGUAAAUCGUAAGAUUGCAACAACACCGAAGUCAUUGGCAAUUGAAGAAUUGAGUGGUAUGGGGUUCAGUGAAGAAGAAGCUACCAAUGCGUUAAAGAAAUGUAAUUGGGAUUUAGACGCCGCUACAAACUUCUUAUUAGAUGGAGCUUGA